UAGCAGAGGGAGAGUGAUAAGGAGGAUUGGAGAGAAAGUGAUGAAGAUGAUGAUGGUGUGAUAUGAAGAACAAGAGAGGAGGAACAUCAGUAUCCAACAGAGACUGAGAGCGAGAGGAGAGGAGGGACAAACUGAAUGUCAGAAAGAGAUAAAUCACUUGUAUGAUAAAGAGUUUUGGUCAGAAUCUGCCAGAGCUGCAGCUUCUCCUUUCCUCCUCUCACUGUCUGAUGGAGGUUGGUGACGGAGCGGAGCUCUGCUUUCCACAACUCCUCAACACCUCCUGCAGGAAGCCGACACUUCCUUGGUCCGAAGUUGUAUUUCUGCACACUCUUCUGUCCUCCAUCUCUCCGCUCACUGUGGCUCUCAACCUGCUUGUCAUCAUCUCAGUAUCCCACUUCAGGCAGACAUCAAUUUCUCAGCAGAGCCUUCACUUAUCUUUUUCCACAAUUCCACUGUUGCCGGGAGAAAUCCUCCGAAAAACAUCCUGCUGGUUUCCUGGUGACCUCGUGUGUUCCCUGUAUAAGUAUUUAGGGUGCAUCAUUACUUCUGUCUCAGUAGGAGACAUGGUGCUCAUAUCAGCAGACCGAUAUGUUGCUAUUUGUGACCCUCUGCAUUACCCCACAAGAAUCACUGUGACAAGAGUCAAACUCUGUGUUUGUCUGUGUUGGCUCUUUUCUGUUCUCUACAGCAAUCUCUAUUUAAAAGAUGGCCUGACUCAACCAGACAGGUAUAUUUCCUGCUAUGGAGAGUGUGUGAUUAACACUGACUAUGUUGCAGGAGCUGUUGACCUUGUUGUAACCUCUAUUGCUCCCAUUACUGUCAUCAUAGUUCUGUAUAUGAGAAUUUUUACUGUGGCUGUGUCUCAGGCUCGUGCCAUGCGCUCUCACAUUACAGCUGUCAGACUCCAGCGUUCAGUGACUCCGAAGGCAAAGAAAUCUGAGCUGAAGGCAGCCAGGACUCUUGGUGUUCUUGUAUUUGUGUUUCUAAUAUGUUUCUGCCCAUAUUACUGUGUCUCUUUUGCAGGUGACAAUGUGCUCAGUGCUUCAUCUAUAGCUUAUGUGAUCUAUCUGCCUUAUUUUAACUCCUGUCUAAACCCUGUGAUCUAUGCAUUGUUCUACCCCUGGUUUAAAAAAGCUAUUACUCAAAUUGUUACGUUUAAGAUUCUGCAGCCUGGUUCCAGUGAGGCCAACAUACUGUAGGGAGGCUGUGAAGUGACUGAAAUACGAUCUGCUUGUUAAAUUUAAACAUGUGGUUCAGUGAGUGAAUUCAUAAAUCCAAAUAAUGAAAAGAUGCACAUAAAGAGAUGGAUGAAAUGCAUUUUGUGUGUAA